AUGGCUUUAGAAAUUAAAGAUCCCCUAGAAAUUGAAAUGCUUCCUAUGGCUUAUUCUCAAAGAGAGGCUGCUAACCAAUCACAUGAGACUUGGAAACUUAAAUUAAAUGUUGAUGGCUGUUCUAAAGUUGACCCAGGCCAAGCUGGAUAUGAAGGGUUGCUACGUGAUGAAACGGGGAAAGGCACCGAGGGAGUGGAUAUUGAAUCUGAUUCAGAACUGGCUAUCAACCAAAUACAGAUUGAACCAUGCCUUAACUCACCAUAUAAAGCUCUCAUAGAGGAUGCAAAGUUUCUGUUGAAAAGGUGCAACUGCUCCUUGUGCCAUACCCCAAGGGAAGGAAAUAAAUGUGCUGAUCUUCUUGCAAACAUGAGAGUUGCUCAAGAUGAGCAUGUACUGGUGCUUGAAGAACCUCCUAACGAAGUGAAGGCUCUGAUCAUUAAUGACAUGAUUGGAGUUAGUGUGCUGAGGGAUUAG